GUCAACUAUUGGGGUAUCGAACCACUGGGAGGAUGACAAAAAUGGAUGGAAUAAGGCAACACCAUCGUUCUCUGUGGUCCGAGAAACAGCUACAAUGAAUGCCACUUUGCUGGAAGUGGGAUCCUUCUGGCUAGGGUUUCUGGAAUAUUUUUCAGCUCUUUCUUCCACUAGCCACAGUUUCUGUUCUCUUCUUUAACUUUAACCUAAAUAAAGUGUUUCCAGCUUUAGAAAGAACACAACUUAAAGGACAACUUUUCUGGAGGAGAAUUUUUGGAGAUGGUGAGGGGAAAGGUUCAAAUGAAGAAAAUUGAGGAUGCAACAAGCCGUCAAGUGACCUUUUCAAAGCGUCGAAAUGGUCUUCUAAAGAAAGCUUAUGAGCUAUCUGUUCUUUGUGAUGCACAAGUAGCUGUCAUAGUCUUCUCCCAGAAUGGAAGACUUUAUGAGUUCUCAAGUUCCAACAUGUCAAAGAUUUUGGAACGAUACCGUGAAUAUACCAAGGAUGUUCCUACCAAUAAGUUUGGAGAUGAUUAUAUCCAGCAACUGAAGUUAGAAUCCGCAAACAUGGCAGAGAAGAUUCAGCUUCUUGAAAUAUCUAAAAGGAAGCUGCUGGGACAAAGUGUGAGUUGUUGUUCCUAUGAUGAACUCAAAGAAAUCGAGGAUCAGCUGCAGAGAAGUUUGCUAAGAGUCAGACAAAGAAAGGCUCAACUAUACAUGGAGCAGAUUGAUCAACUACGAUGCCAGGAGAGUAACUUGCUCCAAGAGAAUGCCAAAUUAACUGAAAUGAUUCUGGUGUUUCCCUUCACGCUGCCUCCUCUUUCUACUAUGCCGCCACCGCAUACAUUCACUUCUCCCAUUAGUCUCAAACUAAAUGAAGAUAACUUCUUGGUUUGGAAACACCAAGCUUUGGCCACCGUUACGGGUCUGCAUCUUAUGAAAUUUCUUGAGAGUUCUUCAUACCCUCCCAAAUAUGUCACUCUUGAUGCAGCUGCAUCAGAUACCGUCAACCCCCUUUACCUCCAUCACCUUCAACAGGAUUAACUCAUUGUAGCAUGGUUGUUGUCCUCCAUGUCCGAUACAAUGCUCACCAAAAUGGUAGAUUUAAACACAUCUUAUAAUAUUUGGAAAACUCUUACUGUGCAUUAUGAUAGUCAAUCUCGUGCUCGCAUAAAAAAGAUCAAGAGUCAACUCAAAAGCACCAAGAAGGAUAAAACUGUCUCUGCCUAUGUUCUUGAAAUCAAGAAAUUCGUGGAUGCGCUCGCUGCUAUGGGGUAACCUAUCACCGAUGACGAUCACAUUGAGUAUAUUCUUGCGGUCUUCCUGACAAUUACGACGGCUUCGUUACCUCCAUUCUUUCACGUCGAGAACCCUACACUGUUGAAGAAAUUAAUGCAUUUGCUCAAGUCAACGUUACCACAUCUUCUUGGCAUAGUUCUUCACGUGGGAGAUCUUUUGAACGGGGUGGUUGUGCUUGCUCACGUUCUUUCUACACUCGUGGUGCUCGUUCUUCUAACCAACGCCAGCAGCCUCGUCAAUCUUGGCCACAUCAAACAAUCUACUCCUCAAACCAACAAUAGAGUUCAGUGCCAAAUUUGUUCCAAGUUCGGUCAUCAUGCUCUUGAAUGCUGGCAAAGUUUCAAUCAAGUUUUUCAGCCUCAAAUUCAGCUUCACAACUUCCAGUAUUGACAUUUAUGAUCAACUAUCUAAUAAUUUUUCUUUGCCUGAUCCCCUGUGGUACCCCGAUAGUGGGGCUUCACACCAUGUCACAAACUACUCCAGUAACUUCAAUUCAAAAUCCUCUUAUACUGGCUCUGAAAAAAUCAAGUUAGGCAACGGUGCAGGUCUGAAAAUCACUCAAAUCGGUUCCACCACUCUCUCUACCUCUUCUUCUUCAUCCAGUUUUGUCUUAAACAAUCUUUUACAUGUUCCAACAGUUACAAAAAAUCUUUUAAGUGUAUCUCAGUUUGCACGGGAUAGUCAUGUGUAUUUUGAAUUCUUCCCUAACUUUUCUUUUGUUAAAAAUCAUGAAACCAAGGAGAUCCUGCUCAAAGACAUUCUUAAAGAAGGAAAAUAUAUUUUUCCCACGUUGCAGCAAGAGCUCUCGUCCUCUCCCACGAUUCAUCACUCCACUAUGACUGCUAAUUUUAGUAUUUUUUUUUCCUUAUGGCAUAAUCGUAUGGGUCAUGCCUCUGUUAAAACAAUUAAAAGAAUUCUUAGUCAAUGUAAUAUAGAUGCUAAAGCUGACUCUGGUUUCUGUGAUUCUUGUGCUCGAUAAAAAAAAUUCAUCAAAUACCAUAUGCUGAUUCCCAAACCACGUAUAUGCAUCCUCUUGAAUUAGUCUAUAUGGAUAUUUGGGGUCCUUCCCAUGUUUGCUCUUUGAAUGGUGAUUGUUAUUACCUAUCUUUUGUAGAUGUUUUUUCAAAAUACACUUGGAUUUA